AUGGUUAUUGAUCAACGUUUUUAUAUGUUGAAUAUGUUUUUUAUAAUAACUAACGUAAAUGCAAUCUCGAAACUCUUAAAAACCGUUGAGAAUAUAGCUGAAAAACAUCCGUACGUCGUUGCUUUAUUAACGGAUACAAAAGAGUACUCUUGUACUGGAUCUAUUAUAAAUAGCCAAACUGUUCUAACAUCCGGAAAUUGUGUACAAAUCGCACCUGCUUUCGUCGCUGUUGGACUGGCUGUUUUAAGUCAAUCAAUGAAUGAGAAGAACAUUUUUAAAGUUACCCGUAUCGCGUUACACAACGACUACAUCUUCGAAUCGAAAGCCACAGAACUAAAUAUCACAAAAAUGCACAGUAAUAUUGGACUAGUUUUCACUCUUCGAACAGUUCUAGAUGUUUUUAUACCUCCAGUUGAAAUUGGCAAUAGCUUUGCAUCCGAAUUGAAAGAGAAAGAUCUCGUUACUUUAGGAUUUGGGUAUAUUAAUUCAAAUGUUAUUGUUCUUCAAAAACAAAACUAUCAACAAUCGCCAUGUGAGAAUCCUAAAUGGUAUUACUGUAUUUGUGGAAUCGAAAAAACGUCUAGAAAACAUUAUGGACGAGAAUUCGGCGAUGGAGCUCCAGUAUUAUUCGGAAUGGAAAUUAUAGCAAUAACAGCUUCACCUUGUCGAAAGCUAUCUCUUAAAAGUAGGAAUACAAAGUAUAAUAUCUUUACAGUCAUUGGACCAUACGUGCCGUGGAUCGAAAGAACUAUAAGAUACGCAAAUGCCACAUAUCGUCUUCAAAGUAACAGAGCUAUUGGAAAGAUACUUUCAGUUUUAUCACACUGGCUUCUAUUGCUUCCAUUAUUAGUUACAAUAUAA